GUUCAACUUUGAAGUUGACUGGAACCCUCCAGCUAUUCACCGUCCACGAUGUCGCGGUCAGUACCUUGCAACAGUGAACUUGUACUUGAAGUCUUGGGGGAUCUGGAAAAUGGAUGCCUCGCUUGCGAAUCCUGCGGUCGCCGAACGAAGUACGCAGAUGAGCGAGAACGUCUAAUCGCGCCCGACAUCCAACCGCCACCGCUCGCCGUAUCUCAGCCUGCGUUGCAGCCGGCGAUGAACAUCCCGCCGCAAGCUGCGAUAUCAUAGCAGAGGGAGCAUGGACUUGGUAUCAGAGGAUUAUCAGAGGACAUGCCAUCGUCACGAUCCACCGCGGCAGUGUUGGAAGAUGCAACCUCCUCGGUCGACAGAGUCAGAACGGUCGUG